AUGUUAAACCGGAUUAGACUCGAAUUCUAUUUUCCUCGCGAACCAUUUGGAGCCCGAAACCCCAGCGCGAGCAGCUCGCCACCGGAGAUCACCUGCGACCACCGCGACCCACGUGAGGAGGUUCAGGACGCCGUCGAUCGUCUCGCUGUGCUCCUCCGCAAACCACCAUCGUCUUCCCUGCGUCUGUUGCAGGCCCGUUGGUCCGUUUUCCUGCCAUUAAAACCACCGAGCAGCAGCAAGGGAUGUCCUCGAGCAGCCCCGUUCGCGCAUAUCGGCCCCGUCGACUUCUUUCAGAGCAGCCGCUCCCCUGUCAGCCUUCGCUCGCAAAUCCACCGGCGGCAAGGCUCCCCGCAAGCAGCUGGCCACCAGGCCGCCAGGAAGUCCGCUCCGGCGACCGGCGGCGUGAAGAAGUCCCACCGCUUCCGUCCCGACACCCUCGCCCUCCGUGAGAUCCGCAAGUACCAGAUCUCCAUCGAGCUCCUCAUCCGCAAUCUCCCUUUCCAGAGGCUGCUUCGAGAGAUCUCGCAGGACUUCAAGACGGAUCUGAGGUUCCAGAGCUCGGCCGUGGCGGCGCUCCAGGAGGCGGCGGAGGCUUACCUCGUCAGUCUGUUUGAGGACACCAACAUGUGCGCCAUCCACGCCAAGAGGUUGACGAUCAUGUCUAAGGACAUCCAGCUGGCUCGCAGGAUCAGGGGCGAGAGGGCUUAA